GGAGGUGUUCCUGGUAGCCAUCUUGGAUGUGCGGACUGAUUGUUUGACGAGAAGAAUUGACAUUAAAAAAAAGAAAAUAAGCUUUUACAUUGAAUCACUGAAGAUUUACGGUCGUGUGGCGACUGAGGACACCAGUGUUAACUCGGAAGUAUCCAGUGAAAGAAGGCAUGAAGGCAUCAUCUUAGUCAUCAGUCAUGGCCGAUAAAAGGAAACUUCAAGGUGAAAUAGAUCGAUGUCUGAAAAAAGUAGCGGAGGGCGUGGAGCAGUUUGAGGACAUCUGGCAAAAGCUCCACAACGCAGCCAACGCAAACCAGAAGGAGAAAUAUGAAGCCGACCUUAAGAAAGAGAUCAAAAAGCUCCAGCGUCUUCGAGACCAGAUCAAGACGUGGGUGGCAUCCAACGAGAUCAAAGACAAAAGGCAGCUAGUAGAGAACCGCAAACUCAUAGAGACGCAAAUGGAGCGGUUCAAGAUAGUUGAGAGGGAAACCAAGACGAAGGCUUACUCAAAGGAAGGGCUCGGCCUUGCCCAGAAGGUGGACCCGGCGCAAAAAGAGAAGGAGGAGGUGGGGACGUGGCUAACGAACACGAUAGACACGCUGAACAUGCAGGUGGACCAGUUCGAGAGCGAAGUGGAGUCCCUGUCGGUCCAGACCAGGAAAAAGAAGGGAGACAAGGAGAAGCAGGACCGGAUCGAGGAGCUGAAGAAGCACAUAGAGAAGCAUCGGUACCACAUCCGGAUGCUGGAGACCAUACUCAGGAUGCUGGACAACGACUCGGUGCAGGUCGAAGCCAUCAGGAAGAUCAAGGAUGACGUGGAGUAUUAUCUAGACUCCUCUCAGGAUCCGGAUUUCGAGGAGAAUGAGUUCUUAUACGACGACCUGGACCUGGAGGACAUUCCUCAGUCGCUACUCGCCACCUCCCCGCCGGGACACUCUCACCUGGAGGACGAGAUCUUCCAGAACUCCAGCAGCACGCCCACCUCCACCACCUCGUCCUCGCCCAUUCCCCCGUCGCCCGCCACUUGCACUACGGAAAACUCAGAAGACGAUAAGAAGAGGGGACGAUCGACAGACAGCGAAAUCAGCCAGUCUCCUGUGAAGAAUGGGAACCCCUCUUCUUCCUUAUCCUCCUCUUCGUCCUCCUCCUCCUCCUCCUCCUCUUCCUCCUCGUCUUCUUCCGUCUCGGGGCUGACCUCCUCCUCGCUGGUCUCUAUGGCGACCAUCGCCGGGGGAGGGAGCGGCGGCGGCUCCGGGGUCAGCGGGCACCUCCUCUCCAACACUCUGACCGGCAGCUACAGCAACGCCACCCAGCAGCCGCCGCUCGGCUCGGCGCCGCAGGCCAAAGGCCCCGCCAGCUCCUCCUCGCUGGCGCCCAGCUCCGGCGCCACCAACAGCCUCAGCGCCUCCUUGGCGUCCUCCCCCCCCAACGUCAGCACGCAGGGGCUCUUCACCUCCAACUCGGCGCCCCAGGCGCCGUCGGGGCCGGCGUCCGCCUCCAACAGCCUGGGCCUCAGCCUGGGGCUGUCGCUGGGCAAAAGCUCCAUCUCCUCCAGCCCCAUGUCGGGUUGCCUCGGCCUGUCAGGGAUGCCGGCGUCCCUGAGCACCAUGGCGGGCCUCCUGUCCAGCUCCACGCCAGCGCCCUACGCCCAGGCCGCCGCCUCCGGGACGGCCGUCUCAGGCCUCCCGGGCUCGCUCGGAGGCGUCAGCACCACGGCGACCAACAGCGCGGUGGGCGCCAUCGGCAGCGGGAGCAUCACGGUCGGCGGGCCGACCUCCUCCACGGGAGGCCUGCUGGGCACGGCGCCGGGGGCGGGCGGCGGCGCCCCGGGGAUCCUGGGCUUGGGCUCCGGCCCGUCUGGGUUCCAGGGGUCCUCCCUGCUGUCCCAGGGCCCCGCGGGAGGCCUCGCCCCGGGGAGCGGCGUCGGAGUCAUCGGGAGCAACGGGAGCAGCUCUCGAUCGGCGGAAAGCGGGCUGGUGGGAGGAAGCUCGCCGCUGUCCGUGCAGCCGCCAGGCCGACAGAAGCAGAACGGCAGCAGCAGUACGUAUCGGGCCCAGACAAGCCUCCAAAACGGGCUGAGCUGC